GUCGAUAUUGAUACAGAGACAGAGACGACUGAACCAUAAUAUCGAUGUGCUGAAGAAAUGGCUGCCGGCCGACGGGUCGGGUGAGCAAACCGAGAGUGAAGCGGGAUCUUCAUCGGCGGCUCCUCAUGCACGCUCGAAAGACUCGGGCGUCAAAUCAGCAUUAGAUAAGGCCAAAGCGACAGAACGGAAAGGGUCUUCGGCCACUGAAGAGCAAAUGGCUGAACGGAACGAAGCAAAGCUGCGAAAGAUAAAGCUGAAAGUACCCGUAAUGGAUAGCGCCGAGAGAGCAGAAAAAUCCCCGCCUCCUUCGCAACUACAAUCUGAUGCGGGGCUCAGUGAUUUCAAAAAGCGGAAGCGGGAAAAGGACGACGACGACGGCAGCGAUCAUGAUGAGAAGCAACGACGGACUAGCAAUAUACAAUCUAAAAGUAAGCCUGUGUCACAACGCGGAAUAGCACCGAAAGCGAAGCCAAAACCGAGCAAAAAGAGCGCUGCACAUAAAAACAAUAAGCUGAAGAAGCGUCACAGUACGGUUGGUGGCGAAACAGCCACUCCCACGCCUGAGCCCGAAGAUCGGUCAACAGAACCAGCCGUGGAAGGGGACUAUACCAAGACAAAGACUGUGCAGAAUCAGAUCCCGAUUCAGCAAUUUUGGGGCUUUGUGGAUCAGUUCUUCAGGCCAGUAAACGAAGCGGAUCUGGCAUUUUUGGAUAAUGAGGGCGAUGAGGUAGCACCAUACAGCAUCCCACCAUUAGGUCGCCCGUACAAGGAGCAAUGGGCAGAAGAGGACAGCAAAGGCGGCUCACAAUCAAACGGCAUCUUGAUGGCCGCUAACGGACAGACACAGGAUGGCGAAAUCUGCUACAAGCCAAUCUCCGAACGCAUCAUAUCGUCCCUCAUGGAAAACAGGAUCAUCGGAGGAGUCUUUGCGCCGGUGGCUGAGGAGACGGUGGAUGAACCUUUGACGCCGGAGAGUAUGGGCGAUGCGAUCGAUUUGGAGGAUCGGAUGCGGAAAGAGUUGCGGUUUUUGGGUUUGAUUGAGGACGAAGAGGACAACGCCACACCGGACGAGCACGAUGAAAUCACCACCGAACUGCGGCAUCGUCAACGGGAACUACGCGAGCAGGUGCACCGGAAUCGAUCUCGGCGCCGGCAGAUGAAGGCAAUUGCGACGAGAUUCAUGGCAUGGCAGGAAUACAACGGCGUUUUGGACGAUAUCAACAAGAGUAUCGAGCAGGCAUACAUCAAGCGUUUUACCCCGGCAAAGACGAAGGGCAAGAAAAAAGUGAGCAAAGGCGACUACCGCCCCAUGACCGAGAACGUCAUGCAGCUCCUCCACAACCGGCAACGUAUCAUCAAAGAACUCGGAGCCCUUUUGCCGCCGUCCCAGUUCACCAUCCCCGAAACGUCCAUUUUCACUGCUUGAGCGUGAACUGCGAAAGCAACAGGGGAACAAUAUUCUCUGCAUACAUGCAACACACCCUGUCAUUUUGGAUAAUUUGGUCUGCUUCUCUCAUGGUGUAUUCUUUCUAUGCUCUUCAGGCACAUC